AUGUGUUUUCUACAGGCUUCUUGUGACAGGGAGAGCAGUACCAGUGAAGAACACUGUUGUCAGCCCACGCGCCCGGAGGAGAGCGGCGCGGCCAGCGGGUUGUUACGAGAGCAAGAGAACCGCUUGCGUUCCUGUCCUACAGAAAUAAAAUCAGAACUCAAACACACGGCUGCCUCCUUCAUUCGAUAUUGCCGCCCCGCCGCGAGCGUAACAUGGCUGCCGAGGGCGGGCUCCCCCUCCCAGCUGCCUCUGGCAGCGCAGGCGCUCUGCGCCGCUUGCCUGCGUGGUGACGUCACCUCCGGGACUAUAAAAGCGAGGCGAGCCGUUCGCUUCUUCCUUUCUGCGGGAGCGUGGCGCGGUAGCAUGGCACCGCAAAAGGACAGAAAAUCAAAAAAAUCCAUCUGGAAGUUUUACCUUGACUUGACCCAUCCUGUGGAAGAUGGAAUCUUCGAUUCUGGGAAUUUUGAACAGUUCCUAAAGGAGAAGGUUAAGGUCAAUGGAAAAACUGGAAACUUGGGCAACACUGUUCAUAUUGAACGCCUGAAGAACAAGAUCACGGUGACAUCCGAGAAGCAGUUUUCUAAAAGGUACCUAAAGUAUCUCACCAAGAAGUACCUCAAGAAGAAUAACCUGCGUGACUGGCUUCGUGUUGUUGCAUCUGACAAGGAGACCUAUGAACUACGCUACUUCCAAAUCAGCCAAGAUGAAGAAGGAUCGGAGUCUGAGGAAUAAUUGAAGCUUAGCUUUGUACUACAUGCAGUGUACAAAAGACAAGAACAUCUAUUUAUAAGAAUACUUAACUUAUUGGUGAAUAAAGACUUUGUACCCUGUUUGACAGAUCAUGGGUAUAGUUUUCUAGCCUUUUUUCUAAGUUCUAAUUAAAAACCAGCAUGGAGAAU